UGAGAAAAUGAAGAUGAUUACAAAAAUAGGUGGUGGUCUUGUAAGGAAGAGUUUGGGAAGGGAUGACGUCCUCUCGUUGCUGAAUCUUGUUCAGUCCACAAGAAAGAGUUGGGUUUCGUCUACCAUAAAUGGAAAGAAGACUAUUCGAAACUAUUCAGUGCACACAAGUCCAAAGAGUAAUAAGGCAUCCUCACAAGAGAAAGAAUCUAUAAGGCAAGAAUUAGUACCUGUCACUUUGCAAUGCAUCAAUUACAAGUAUCAAAAUCAAAUUCCCUUGACAAUGCUCACAGCAACUGAUUUUCAUUCUGCUUCUGUGGUUGACCAAACAAAUUGUGAUAUGAUAUUGGUGGGUGAUUCCUUGUCAAUGACUGCCUUAGGUCAACCAAACACAACUAGCGUUACGAUGGACGAAAUGAUUCAUCAUGCUAAAGCUGUCAAGAGAGGAAGUCAAUAUUCAUUCUUGAUCGGUGACAUGCCAUUUGGUUCCUAUGUCACAGAUGACGCUGCAGUUCACAAUGCUGUUAGGUUUAUUAAGGAAGCAGAAAUGAAUUCUGUCAAACUUGAAGGAGGUGAAAGAGUUGCCUCAAAAAUCAAGUCAAUUGUCGAUGCUGGAAUAGUUGUCAUUGCACAUAUUGGCCUAACCCCACAAUCAUGCAAUCAAUUGGGAGGUUUCAGAGUGGUUGGUUCAAAGAACUGCUCAGAAGCUAUCCAAUUAUGGAAAGAUGCAUUGGCAGUUAAGGAAGCUGGAGCUAGCUUAAUUGUACUGGAAUGCGUUCCUCAGAAAUUAGCCUCUCUCAUUACGAAACACAUUGGAAUUCCAACAAUUGGUAUUGGAUCUGGUAAAUGUUCAGGUCAGGUGUUGGUUUAUCAUGAUUUAUUGGGAAUGUAUUCAAAGUUUACUCCAAAGUUUUGUAAACAAUAUUUGAAUUUGAAUCCAAUCAUGAUUGAUGCUUGUGAAAAUUAUGUGAAAGAUGUUGUGAAUGGAGAAUUUCCACACAAAUCACAUACUUUUAUUAUUAAGGAUGAUGUAUAUAGUGUAGUUUCGGAAUAUAUUGAAAAAGAUGUGAAAAAUCAUCAAGUUAAUGAGAUAAUCAAGUCAAAUGUUGAUGGAAAGAAAGAUGGACAAUUGGGUGUAGAUUAUAAUAAUGUAGGCGAAAGACCAAAGGUAUUAAUUCUUGGUUCAGGAUCUGUUGGUUCAUUGUUUGCUUCUAGUUUAUCAAGUAAUUGUGAUGUGAAAUUGCUGAGUGGAAAAAAGACGAAACUUGAAGAAAAUAUUGAAAUUUCCACACAAGUAAGGGAAGGAAAUGAAACUAAAUCAAUUAGAAAUACUAUUGUAAAUAUUAUAAGUGAUGAAGAAUUGAAGAAUGCUUGGAAUGGUGAAAUUGAUGUCUUGAUUAUAGCUGUCAAGAGUUAUGCCACUAAUCAAGCAAUUCAGAACAUGAUGGAAGGACUUCCAUCUUUAUCAAAGAUUAAGCAUAUUAUAACUGUUCAGAAUGGAUAUGGAAAUGAGCAAAAUAUCUUGACCUCUCUUUCAAAACUCAACUUGGAAGGCGUUUCAAUGUCACCAAUCAAUUUAUACUCAGGAGUCAAGACAAUUCUUAAUAGUGAAGAUAGAAGAGUAUUGGAGCAAUCGAACACUGACAAAAUAUCAAUUAGCGUUCCAAAACUACUUGUAGACACCAAAUUAGGAAAUGUAUUUUCCAAUAAUUCACAAUUCCAAAUUGGCUCAAUACUGAAUUCGACAAUAAUUGAUGGAAAACCAAAGUUUGUUGAUUGGAUGAAACUUAUUAUCAAUUCCACCAUCAAUCCGCUUGCCUCCCUCUACCAAAUUGAAAAUGGAAAUUUAUUACAAAAUCUCGCCUUACAAAAUUUGAUGAAAAUUCUAAUUAAGGAACAAGUCAAUAUUUUAAGAAUGAUUCCUGGAGCAAUAGAUUCAUUGGCUACAGCUCAAGAAAUGAAAGACAAGUCUAUUGAGCAAGUAGUUUAUGAAAAGGUAAUGAAAAUUUGUGAGUUGACUAGUUCAAAUCGUUGUAGCAUGUUAGUGGACUUGGAAAAUCAAAACGAAACUGAAAUUAUGUAUCUCAAUGGAGCAUUUGUAGAGUUGGCUAACAAAUUCAAGAUUGAUUCUCCAAGUAAUAAGAUGAUUGUUGAAUUAAUUACAGCAAAGCAAGUAAAAUAAAUUUGUAAUUUUGU